AUGGACCCUUUUAACGAAGUGCAGCUGGACGCUCAAUCUCAGUUAACACACUUAUCCAAGUUUAUCAAGGCAGCUAGCGCGGUCGACAGGAAUGUCGCCAUCGACUUUGACAACCAUGUGUCGGAGCUACAGGAAACAUUGGUGGAUCUCAACGAGUCGAUUGAGAUAGCUGCCAAGAACCCCACCGACUUUGGCCUCACACAGAAGAAAAUUAACGAGAGAUUGAAAAUCGUGCACACGUUAGAGGCGCAGUUUGUGCUGUUAAAAGACGAAUGGGCCGAUAAGGUGGCGCCCAAGCGGAAGAUCCAACAGCAGCCCGUCACUUCCAUGAAUAACAGAAUCUCCCAGGAAGCCAAUCCGUUUAUGAGAUUCGAUGAGUUCGAGUCGAACAAGGCACAGGGUGAUAGUAGCGUUUACACAGGGUUCCAGGAACAGGAGCUUAUACAAGAGCAGGACGAACAGCUUGACUCUGUGUUUUCCACCAUGCAAUCUUUGAACCAGCAGGCCCGGACCAUGGGUGAGGAGUUAGCGGAGCAGGGUGUAAUGCUCGAGGACUUGGAAGAAAAUAUGGACCGCGUAGGUAACAAGUUGAGCCGCGGGAUGAAGCGUAUCGAUCACUUUAUGGAGAAGAACCGCGAGCGUGCCACCGACUGUUGCAUUAUUUUAUUAGCCGUGGCGUUGACCGUGUUGCUUGUGCUACUCGUGGUGGUGUAG